CUUGAUUCUCUAAUUAGAAAGAGAUUAGCUAAAGCUAUUCGAACCGCUAUUGCGAAGCUACCUACGGGAAUAAAUAUAUAUGAUUAUAUAUAUAAUGACGUAAUGGGCCGUAUCGAAGGGCAACUACAAGAUCAAGAAGAGCUAGCAAAACAAGUCCUAUCCUGGAUUAUGUGUGCAAAGAGACCAUUGACUAUAACGGAACUCCAAUAUGCCCUUGCUAUAGAGGUUAGCGACUCUAAGCUCGACGAAGAGAAUCUACCACAACUUGAAGACAUAGUCUCUGUAUGUACUGGGUUAGUUACAAUCGAUGAGGAAAGCGGGAUUAUUCGAUUAGUCCACUAUAUAACGCAGGAAUACUUCGAGCGAAUACAAAGGCAAUGGUUUCCUGAUGCGCAAAUUAAUAUUACGACAAUGUAUGUUACGUACCUCUCAUUUAACGAGUUCGAGAGUGGAAUCUGCCCAAAUGAUAAAGAGUUCGAACAACGGCUUUAA